UACCUGCAACCCUGGACCUUAAUGAACAAAUACACGAAAUCAUCAGAGAUUACUCACAAAAGCAUUAAAGAAUCAACGUGGUCUCGCCAUGAGCUGUUUGGAUGUAAUGUACCAAGUGUAUGGUCCUCCUCAGCCUUACUUUACAACAGCCUAUAGUCCUUACCACCAGAAACUAGCCUUUUAUUCGAAGAUGCAGGAAGCCCCGGAGAGUGGCAGCAACAGCAACGGUAGCAGUGGCAGCAGUGGCAGUCCGUUCUCCAGCCAUACCCCAGCCAAUAUUAAAGAAGAGGAGUGCAGCCCGGAGAAGGAGAGCCCUCCAGAAGCCGAAUACAUCAGCUCCAGAUGUGUCCUGUUCACCUAUUUCCAGGGAGAUAUCAGCUCAGUGGUGGAUGAGCACUUCAGCAGAGCUCUCAGCCUGCCCAGCAGUUAUUCCCCCAGCAGCGCUGCUGCCAAGACUGCCAGGGGUGCCAACUCAUGGAGGGAAGCAACUUACCCUAUGAGUCAAAGAAGCUUUCCUCCAUCCUUUUGGAACAGCAGUUACCAGUCAAAUGCAGUUGCUGCUUCCUCAGCACUGGGCAGCAGCUUAGCCAGCCCUCUUACUGGUCCUCACAGUGAAAUUCCUUUCGGAGCAGAUCCUUAUUCCCCUGCUUCUCUACAUAGUCACCUACACCAGGGUCCACCUGAGCCCUGGCACCACGCCCACCACCAUCACCACCACCACCACCCAUAUUCAAUUGGGGGAGCAAUAAACAGUCAGGGUUCAAGUUACCCACGGCCUGGCAUGCAUGAAGUUUAUAGUACGCACUUCGAUCCUCGCUACAGCUCUUUACUUGUUCCAGCAUCAGUCCGACCCCACAGGAUCACUCCUGCAGGUUCAGCACCUCCUGCAACACAGUGUGAUUUAGGCAAGGGAGAAGCCACAACCUCUGCAUGGACAACUCCUGGGCCAUAUCCAGGACCAGCAGGAGACAUGGGACAAAGCCUUAGCCUAAAUGUGGAUGCAGCUCGACGCUACACCUUCUGCGGAGGACCUCUCCUGAGCUGAUCUUCUCAAAGACUCUGAACCAAACCUUAUACAUCAAGGUCCAGAAACACAUGUGCCCCGGCACUAAGACUGCAACAAGAGGAUGGGAACAGGACUCUUCUCUACAGGCCAAGUGAGAGGAGACAUACUUAUUUCCUCCUUGCUCAGAGACUUGUAUUUUUAUUUAAGAUGUGUUCAACA